GUGCACAUUCCGGCCUCACCACGUGCAUGUAUGAUAACCCGUAACCAACCAGAGUUUUCAUUCAAAAGCCCGGGAAAUUUAUCAACUUGUGAAGUGACCAGUGGGUUUAUAAAGGACAGGGCUUUAUAGUCGGACAGCUUUCACAGACCGAGCUCAGAAAAAAAGACGAUCAGUGGACGAUAGGACGACUUCGUCGCAGCAGCAAACUUAGAGAGCAAGAUGAAGACCGUUUGUAUCCUUCUUUGCUUCGUUUACAGCGUCUAUGGCCUGUCGUGCGUGUGUGACUACGACAACCUGGCGCAGUUCUGCGGCCCGGCCCCCACCAACUGUCCGGCGGGCACCGUCCGGGACCCGUGCGGCUGCUGCGACGUCUGCGCCAAGGUCCAGGGGGAGCGGUGUGACGGGCCGUACGGGGUGUACGGGACCUGUGCGGCCGGCCUGGUGUGUGAGAAGGACGACACCGACCAGGUCAUCAACGUCAUCGUGGGGCCGCUCGGGGAGGACGGGCGGGUAGGGACGUGCGUCGCCCCCGCUAGUGAUCCAGCCCAGGACGCCCCGACCCAGUGCGAGACACAGCGGCAAGAGUACUCCAUGCUGUACGCUAACAACGCGGCCAUGGCCCUCCAGACGGGCGCCUACAAGCCGACCUGCACGCCCGAAGGUUUCUACGCUCCCGUGCAGUGUGACGGUCUGACCGGGGAGUGCUGGUGCUCCCUGCCGGACGGCACGGAGAUCAAGGGAACCCGCACUCAGCAGGGAGAACCCACCUGCUUCUAAAACUGUCCAGUCCUACGUCGACGCCUGGAAUAGCGGCUGUGCCAAUCUCUGUUAGCACCCCCUCCCUGUGAUUCAACUGAUGUUGUCAUUUAUCGAUGAUGAUGAUAGAACUUCUAUUUCCCCAACUCCCUUGUUUAGAAUAAA